AUGCUAGGUUCUUCAGGACAAGGGGCAGCUAGUUCUUCAGGACAAGCGGGAGCUAGUUCGUCAGGACAAGCCGCAGCUAGUUUUUCAGGACAAAUGCCAGGUGAAAAUUGUGAAUGUUCACAAUCACAAUCAUUAAGCCUCGAAGUUUUGCAAGGCAUCUUGAACGUCCGGCGGCAAGAUGCAACAACUAGUGCGUGGAUCGACGUAUUCGAUUCACCAUUGCAAAAGGCAUGUACUUGUUCUCAAUUGGAGAUCGUCAAGCAACAAUUGCAAGAAAUGACGACGCGGCCUCACCUUACGCCGGAGAGGUUAGCGCUCGAUAUUGCUGCUGGUAAUGGCGAUUUAAUGACUGUUAAGAAGUGUGAUGAAAACAAUCCUCGGCUGGUUAUGGAGAAGCGACCAGCUCGCUGUGAGCUAGCUGUACCGGUUGUGCGGGCAUCAAUUGCAAGAAUUUCCUCGGAAAUUCCUCGUGGCUAUCUUUUUGAUCGGACACCUCUUAAUGUUUUGAUGCAUGAAGACGGAUAUUGGGCUACUUGUCUCCUUCUUGACGCCAUUUUGCAUGGAUUUCUCGACAUUGUGUUGGAGUUCUUCGAAAAUGUCCGGUCAGAUCCAGUCUUGUCAAAGAAACUACCGUACCUGGCAGCGACUAAACACUCCAGUCAUAGGUCAUCUCCACUUAGGUUGUUAGCUUUGAAACCUGACUUGUUUCGUAGCCACUACGAUCUUGGACUUUGGCAACACCUCGUCUACAAUUGUAUAGGUAUAGACUUGAAUUUUCCAACGGACUCUGAGACUCCAAAACCAAACCCAUACCAACGUAUAUUUUGGAUGACAGUAAAAGGUCUUCCGAAAUGGUUUGGAUUCAAGCAAAUAUAUGAACUUAAAGAUAGACAUCUUAAAGCUGAUACUUUGCUACGAUUAAUGUGCAAAUCUGCCAAAGAGCUACGACUACGAGGCACCGUUAAUGAUAAGAGCUGGAGAGAGACGAUCUAUGAAGCACUACUUGAAGCAGUGGAGAACGGGAACAUGGAAUUUUUCAUCGAGAUAAUUAAAUGUAACCCUCAACUUCUUUGGAUCUCUGAAGCUGUCUCUGGCCGAAACCUCUUUCAGCUGGCCGUUGUAUUCAGGAAGGAUAAGAUCUUUAGCCUCAUACAUGGCUUAGAUGAUAGAAAGGUCGCCCUACUUAGAUCUCUCGACAAAGAUAACAACAACAUCCUCCAUAUAGUCGCUUAUCUAUCUCCUCGACCAGACCAUCUCUCCAAGAUUUCAGGAUCUGCCCUAAAGAUGCAAAGAGAGAUUCGAUGGUAUAUGGAAGUAAAGAGCUUGGUAUCAGAACGUGAAGUGGUGCAAAAAAACAACGAGAAGAUGACACCACGGCAAGUAUUCGAAGCGUCUCACGAGCCUCUAAGAAAAGAAGGAGAAGAAUGGAUGAAAUACACAGCCACUGCUUGUAGCUUCGUGGCUGCUCUCAUUGCAACUGUCACUUUUCAAGCCAUAUUCACUGUCCCUGGAGGUUAUGAUGAGACGUUGGGCAAGCCUCUUCUUCUUACAGACAUGCAUUUCACGGCGUUUAUCCUUUCAGACACUCUCGCCUUCUUCACCUCUUGCACCUCUGUGCUCAUAUUCCUUAGCAUUUUGACCGCAAGAUACUCCUUUGAUGACUUCAUUGUAUCACUUCCUAGAAAGAUGAUACUGGGUCAAGCCAUCCUAUUCUUGUCCAUCGCAUCGAUGCUUGUUGGAUUCAUCACUGCGCUUUCCUCAUCGAUGCGUCAAAAGCCAACGCUUGUAGUCCCCAUGAAGCCACUUGCUGCCCUCCCUGGCAUUCUCUUCUUGAUGUUUCAGUAUCCUCUUCUCAAGGAGAUGAUUUCUUCCACGUAUGGCAAAAGACUCUUCCACCGCGAUACAAAAUGUUGGCUAGAACCUCCUGAAGAUACUCAACCUGCUCAUGCAACUUUCUUAUAUGUAGGAUCGACACAUAGUCAACACUCGGUUAACAGUCAAAUCUAG